AUGGCGGCCUCGGGCGGCGCGUCUUCAAUCCAAGUGACCGUUCGAGUGCGGCCAUUUACUAUUCGAGAGGCCGCACAGGUAUCUAAAUGCGACGAUGGCAUGGUUUUCAUGGGCGACGGGUCCCUGGCUGGCAAUUCAGCCCCGAAGCUACAACAAAAGGGUCUACGAUCUAUUGUCAAAGUGGUGGACGAUAAGUGCCUAGUAUUCGACCCCCCUGAAGAUAACCCCUUACAACGGUUUUCCAGAUCAGUCAUUCCGAACAGGGCCAAACGCGGCAAAGAUCAGACAUUUAUGUUUGACCGUGUCUUUGAUGAGAAUACCAGUCAGGGAGACGUGUAUGAGGCGUCUACAAAACAUCUACUCGAUAGUGUGCUGGAAGGAUACAAUGCUACAGUCUUUGCUUAUGGAGCCACAGGGUGUGGAAAAACACAUACAAUCACAGGAACUCCACAGCAGCCUGGAAUAAUCUUCUUGACGAUGCAAGAACUGUUUGAAAAGAUUGCAGAACGGUCGGAAGAGAAAGUCACCGAGCUGUCAUUGAGCUAUCUGGAAAUAUACAACGAAACGAUUCGGGACCUGCUUCUUCCCGGCGGAAGUAAACAGGGACUUAUGCUCCGAGAAGAUGCCAACCAGAGUGUAUCCGUAUCUGGAUUAUCGACUCAUCGUCCUCAGAAUGUACAAGAGGUGAUGGAUAUGAUCAUGAGAGGAAACGAGUACCGAACAAUGUCUCCUACCGAGGCUAAUGAAACAUCCUCUCGAUCCCAUGCUGUGCUCCAGAUAAACGUGGCGCAGAAGGACCGUAAUUCAGACCUCAAUGAACCUCAUACGAUGGCAACCCUGAGCAUUAUCGAUUUGGCUGGAAGUGAGCGAGCAAGCGCUACUAAGAACCGCGGUGAAAGACUAGUCGAGGGCGCAAAUAUCAACAAAUCUCUCCUCGCUCUGGGCAGCUGCAUCAACGCCCUAUGUGAUCCCCGGAAGCGCAACCAUGUUCCAUACCGCAAUUCGAAAUUGACUAGAUUGCUGAAGUUCUCUCUCGGGGGCAACUGUAAGACGGUCAUGAUCGUCUGUGUUAGCCCUUCGAGCCACCAUUUCGAUGAGACUCAGAACACACUGCGCUAUGCCAACCGGGCCAAGAAUAUCCAAACGAAGGUUACAAGAAACGUUUACAAUGUUAACCGACACAUCAAGGACUUCCUUGUUAAGAUCGAUGAGCAAAUGGCCCUUAUCAAUGAACUAAAACAACAGCAAAAGGACUACGAGUCCGUCGCCUUCGCUAAAUUCAAGAAGCAGAACGAAAAGAAAGAAUCCGUGCUACGUGAAUCGUUUGCACGUCUUCGCAGUGCGUACGAGCAUGCCUCACCCGAGAGACAGGAGAAAAUUGAUUGUAUGGUGCGACUCAAACAAGUCAGUCGACGGAUGUCAAUGCUCUCUGCAUGGAUCGCUGCGUUUGACAACGUGUGCGCCGCUCGUGGGCAGGAUAAUACCCUGUCUAACCUCCAGGCAAUUCGCAAAUCUGCUCAAGGAGUACUUUUUGAAUUGGAAGGUAGCCGCCAGCAUUACCAUCAGAAAAUUGGAAAAUCUUCUUGGGAGCGAGCCUUGGAUUCUGCGCUGGAAGUGGGUAUAAAACAACUCCGCGAGUUGGAAACGUGUGAUCAUACCGAUAUCGAAAACCUCAAACGAGAAGCUCAAUUAUUGAAAUCUAAUGCUCAAUCUGAGGCUUUGAGUGCUGUGUCAGAUCAGGACAAGACCAGUGAAUUUGAGAUUGCUCAACGGCUCCUUGAAGCGAACUUUGAAACCAUAUCAGCCAUCGAACAUAUAAUGCAGCUUUCGGAAGACGAAGCCAUUGAAACAGGGAGGAAAAUUCUUGGAAAACUUUUAGAAUCAUGUUGUGCUAGCACAUCUAAUGUUGUUAAGCCAAACGGAAGCAGUCCUAUUAAAGCAGAAGCAUUCCCGCCUACUAAGGCCGGAACUCCGAAGAGACGAAAGAGAGUGAGCCUGGUUGGACGGGCCUCACUCUCGAAAUCCCUUGUUCCUCCUGUCACCAUAACUCCCCCUGCUAACCAGACGCCAAUGAAGGGAUCUCCCCGGAGGAGAAAAGGACCUGGACUCAGAAAGAGUGUAUACUUUACGCCAAAGAAAGCAAGCAAGCCUGGAAAGAGAAAUGUCAGAUGGAAAGAUGACACCGCAGACGGUCCUCUUGCAGAAUUCUCGAAAACUCCGCAAAAAGCUGCUCCAUCCCCAUUGCCAUCGUCGGGCUCACCCUCGUCUCUCCCGGUUCCAACCAUGGGCUCUUCUAUUCCUCUACGGUCUGGCUCGAGGGAAUCCUCUCCAAUACCAACUCCACCAUCUUUACCUAGUAUGUAUUCUAAAAACUCGAGAUUCCAGACUGGUUUUUUGUCUAAGAAAGCCAAUGAGGGCUCCCCCGGUCCAGCACCCGCGCCUCCUAGCUUAGCCAGACUUUCUUUAUCGGAUACGGAACAACCCACUCCUCUACGCCAGAUCAGCAAUAGCAGCACUCUAAAUCGGAGGUCUCUCGAUCAUGAAACGGACAGCCAUCCCUCUGCCUCUGAAGCCGAACCUAUCAAAAUCGAUAAGAUGGAUGCUGUUAAAAUCGGCUCUGCCAUGCGACGCAUCUCCAAUGCUGGUUCUGGAUCCACCGGAUCUACCGAUCGGCCUCGUCACCGUAGCCCAAGCGUUUCAUCAAAUAGCCCCCCAAAUGAAAAUGCCAUGUUUACUGCCUCCCAGGCCCGAAGAAUGGUAAAAAGCGAAAAGGAUCAGGAAGAGAAAUACGGUGUCUUGGGUCCCAGGACGUUCCCGGUCACUAAACCAGGCAGCCAACGACGAGUUACGUCCAUCGACCUGAAAAUCAGAGACGUGAGCAAUUCGAGUAGAGACGGCGUCAGGUUUAGCACACCUACUAUGACUUCUGGUGGUCAGCCUCGACCGAGCUUGCAGGGGUCAGCAGCCAAUGCAUAUCGGUGA